CAUCUCAGACCAUUUUUUCAGGGCCUAUAGCUGCAUCAUGAGUUUCAGCUUAACUAUUCUGUGUGCUGUCGUGUUACUUUUUGGUCUCAGUGAUGGUGCAUGCAAACAUACACCUGCUGAAUUCCGUAUUGACAGAGCCAGGAAUGAGUUUGUUGUCUUUUGUUCACACCGAGGGGUAGAAUGGUCCCGUGGUUUGGUACAUUUUGAUGAACACUGUGAGAGAUGCUACUGUAGCGGAUUUGUCAAGCAGUGUUGCGAAGCUCGUGAGGUAGCGGGAGUUACAACGAUCCCCGGAUGUGUACAAGAGAUGCGCGGAUGUAAAAUGGAGUUCUACAGAUACAUGUAUGGCAUUAAAAUAAACUGUCGUACAGGCCAACCUUUUGAGGAUAUAAUUGGUUAUUGAAAAAAACUCUUCUGUGGUAUAUUUUCAUCUUUUUUAAUUGUUUAUACAUUUUGUUAUAGAAUAAAGUUGAUAUUUGACUA